AGACGGUUGGUGAAAUCCCUCGAAGAUCUUUGUUCUCAGUAUGACUUGACCGUCAGGAGUUCUACGGGGGACAUUAUACAGUUCAUUUAUGGUGGGGAUGGCUUAGAUCCUGCGGCCAUGGAAGGAAAAGACGAACCUUUGGAGUUCCAGCGCGUUCUGAACAACGUCAGAGCCGUGUAUCCCAGCCGAAGCGAGCCUGCGCUUAGUAAAAACGAACUGGUGCUAACCGCCGAGUCCAUCAUGAAGAAAAACGAAUUCCUUUGUUGCCAGGACAGCUUCCUGCAGGAAAUUAAAAAAUUCAUCAAAAGCAUGUCUGAAAAGAUCAAGAAAACCAGGGACAAGUAUGGGAUUAAUGACAAUGGCACAACAGAGCCCUACGUUUUAUACCAGUUGGACCGAAUCACUCCAACCCAGCUGGAAAAGUUUCUGGAGAUCUGCAGAGAGAAGUAUAUGAGGGCACAGAUGGAGCCAGGCUCUGCAGUGGGAGCGCUCUGUGCACAAAGCAUCGGGGAGCCCGGCACGCAGAUGACCCUCAAGACUUUCCAUUUUGCUGGUGUGGCCUCCAUGAACAUCACCUUAGGGGUGCCCAGGAUCAAAGAGAUCAUCAACGCCUCCAAAGCCAUCAG